AUGCAGUUCACCCCAGUCCCACCCCCCAACUUUAACCAGACCGCCCCACGUUUCCAAUAUCAAACCUUCAACACUACCUUCUCUCAACCCACCUCGACCUUCACGCCUAAUGACGUCUACUACCCAACCCUUCAACAAACCCAACCUAAAACCUACCCGCAACCACCGCCACCACCACACUCAUUCCAGAAUUUUUUGCUUACAGACGAGCAACUGACGCACAUGCCAAAUUUUAACAUUGAUGAUCUUCUUGAUGAGCAACCAAGACCCUCUUCACGACAAACAAACCCCCCUACAGCACAUCACAACGAAGACAUGUCUUCCGACUCAUCUCAAUCACCUAGAAAUGAGCGUUUGGGCAAGGGAUAUAAAGAGCGAAGGAGCACUAGGUGUGGAACUGGGGGUCAUCUCCGAUAA